CCAACGAGCAAACUCCUUUUCUUUACACAUAAAUACCCCACUUUUUAGCCAUUUCCUUCUCCCUUCACACCCUCAUAUAUCAUCCAACCAUCACACACCCAAUUCCCCACCAAAAUCAAGCUCAAAUUCCUAGCCAUAUAAAUCAUGGAUUGUUUGGUAAUGCCCGUUUCCGUCCUUAUGAGGCGGUGCUCCGGCAAGUACUCGGGCUCGAGACUAGGCUAUCGGGCCUUGGCCGAUGAUGGUAUGGUCGGAGAUGGUGAAUUGGUGACCGUAGUGGCCGGAAGGGAAAAAAAGCAAUUCAUGGUAGACCAAUUUGUAUUACAAGAAAUUCCUUUUAGAGUUUUAAUUGAUUUGGCUAUGAAGGGUCAUCAUAACUAUGAUGGCAAGAACAAAAGGGUGAUUUUUGUUGAUGUGGAUUCAAUGUUAUUUGAGCAUAUGCUUUGGUUGAUGUAUAAUGAUUGUUCCUCUUUUUUUAAGCUUAAUGUUCAAGAGAUAAUUGAAUUUUAUGCUCAAGAUUAUUAGAGUAAUACUAUGUCAAAAAAGAUUAAAAAAAAAAGGUAUUAUUAGAGUAAUUAGUUUUGAUUAAUAAUUGUGAUUAGUAUAUGUAUAUAUAUGAUAUAAUUCUAGUAUUAUUGAUGUUAUUAUUGAAUGGAAAUAGUUUGGUGCUCUAUUUUUCAUUGUUCGGUUUAAUAAUACAUAUCAAAUUGGAAUAUUUGUGUGGGAAAACAUUGUCAUACACUCUUCUAUG